GGGAGGGGCAGGGAAAGGAGACCUCGGGCGCCAGGGACCUAGCGGGCUCUUUCUUCCAGGCGUCCCGGGCUGCCCUCACUACCAGUCCCCGCCGUCUCAUUUGCCGCCUUCCGACGCGUGACCCCGGCGCGCUCGCGUCCCGGGCCGGUGACAGGCGCGAGGUGCGCCGAUCGGUCCCAUGUGCGCCCUCCCUCUCGCGGCCGCUGCAGUCACCGCGCCCCGAAUCCAGCUCCAGCUCCUCUGCCGAGGCCUCGCCGCCGCCAUGUCUACCGCCAGGCCACUCAAAUCCGUGGACUACGAAGUGUUCGGGAGAGUGCAGGGUGUUUGCUUCAGGAUGUACACUGAAGAUGAGGCAAGGAAAAUAGGGGUGGUUGGCUGGGUGAAGAAUACCAGCAAAGGCACUGUGACAGGCCAAGUGCAAGGCCCCGAAGAGAAAGUCAAUUCCAUAUAUAAAGGGGCCUGGAGGUCGGUGGAUGUUGCGCUUGGCCAGCUGAUCCUCAACGUCAGGACCUGGGUCUGUGGGAUUUACUUGUUCUUUCCUUCGUGGCUGUAAAAGGACUGCUCCAACUUCCAACAUUGCGACUACACUCAGAGGUGGAGGAAGGAAUGGCUCUGGGUCUGUUCCUUUUUAUCUGGGAAGCGAACUUUCCCACAAGCCUGCAGCACACUUCCAUGUAUAUGCCAUUGGCCAUCUCUAGCUGAAUCAGCAUUCCCGGCCACUGGUAAGGAAGGUGAGUGUUUUGUGUUCUUUUAUGAGAUGGUCAGCCACCUAACUGAGGUAACCUCACUGAAGCUCAGGAAAAAAAACGCUUACUAUGCUCCCAGGUCCUAGAGACAGAAGGCAUGGCAUGCCAUGCCGGGUCAAGGGGACAACACCAGGGGAGUCAGGAUGGAGUGAGGGGAAGGGUUAGGCCAGAGCCUUUGUUGGGGUGUCUGUGGGGAAGGUAAGGCAAGGCAGGGCAGGUGAACAGUUUAGGAUUGGCUAGUAGGAAUUAUUCUGGAGGGCUUUGGACUGUAGGGGUGGUCCCCAGUUGCCUGGAAUCUGGCCCUGGGAAAUUUAAAGGAGAGGACAGUUGCCUCCUGGGAUGCAGGGCCCCAUGAAGGAGGUAGGGCUCUGGAUUGGUUAGUUUGCAUAUUAAAGGCAGGCUCAGGGCUGAGCUCUUUGUUGUCUCUAAGAAUUGACAAGUGCCCAGGAAGGGCAGUCUCUCUCCAGCUAGAAAGGCUUUUUAAGAUGUCAAAACCUCAUAAUAUAUAGAAAAUAAAAAUAUGUAUUAUAUAGUGAGGAGGGUAAUGGUGGUGGGUUCACUGCUCAACAAUGCCUACCACACAUCUCAAGACUCCUGAAGGGAAGGGGUUGUCCUGUUUGUCCUUGAAUUGCCCAAUUGAGGCUGGGAAGGAGGUUUGGGGUCAAACUGUGAAAAGCCUUGCGUGUCAUGUUAGUUGGUCUUGUCUUCUGUCAGUGUUGGGGAGUCAUUGAAAAGUUUUAGGCCAGGAGUAGCACAGGAUCUUGGGGGUUAGGAUGUUAACUUGGUAGCGUGGGCUAAGAACUGGAGGAAGAGAGCUUGGAAUCAGGGAGACUAAUUAACAAUGCCAUACUGUGGUUUGAUAAAGUAGAGGGAAAAUAAUACAAGGAAUUCAGAAAAUCUAAUUUUGAGGUCACCAUCUAGAACAGUGAUUCUCAAAGUAUGACUCUGGACCAGUAGCAUCAGCAUUACUGGCAACUUGUUGGAAAUGCAAAUUCUUGGGCCCCUACGGAAUCAGAAGCCCUGGGGGUGAGUCCAGCAAUCUGUGUUUUAACAAGACUUCCAGGUGACUCUUGAAGUACCUAAAGCUUAAGAACCACUAACUAGAAUAAUAGGCUUGGGGGUGGAAGAGAGCUAGGUGAGUCACUGAUCCAAAGAAACCUAUCUGCAUAUUAGAAUCACAUGGGGAGCUUUUUCAUGGCAACUAGGUUGGGCCCCCUAGUAGAACAACUAAAUCGCAAUCUCUGGGGUUAGGACCCAGGCAUCAAUUGCUUUCUAUUGCUCCCAGAUGCUUCCAAUGUGCAAUCAGGGCUGAGAACAACUGAUCUUAUUUAACCCUCAUUGAUGAGACAGCUCAGAGCUGGAAGGUGAGUUGCUCAAGUUCAUACAGCAAGUUCAGGUAAGAAUCCAUUUUUUAAGCUUCUCCUUGAUGCUUUAGACACUAUCCCAACUUUUAAAUAAUUUGCUUUAAGACAAUGGCUUCUAGAUCAUCCACAGUAACAAAUAUUACUGCCAAACUUUUAGAAGAAACAUAGGUUACAGCAUUAUUAAAAACUCAGUUCUUUAGUUAACAAUAUUUCACACUUCAGAAAGUUAUCCUUUUUAUAAAGAUUUCAUAAAAAUAGAUAUUUUCACCAUAAGCAAAAAAGAGUAUAGAUAAGAUAUGGGUAAAUAGUGCUCUGUUAUUUGUAUUUGUGUGUGUUAAGUAAUAACACUUUCUUCCAACUCUAGGUGGAGCUCUUUGGUUUAUACAUACAUAUAUUGUUUUAUUUAUAAUUUUGAGAGUCUUAGUUUUAAAAAAGGAGGUAUUUGAGAUUUUUUUAAUUUAAAAGUUUAUAAGACAUUCGCAACAUUGCUCUGCUUUCCUUUUCUUCUUGUUUUAGAGUCAUAGAUCUAAAAACUCAUUUUUAUUUCACUGCUUGACCAAAGAAUCCAAAUCCAGGCCUCAGAGAGUCAUUUUCAAAACCAUCUUAAAUCUGUAUUGUUUUCCCAUAGUCGUUAACGAAUGGAGUAUGUUUCCUAGAGCUUUUGUUUUUUAUAAGUCUCAGUGUUGAAAUAGAAUUUCUAUAAGAUGGGCUUCCUUUUCUGAAUAAUGUCAGUAAGAAAAAAUCUGGGGGAUAACAUAGCUGUUGCUAUAGUAAUUUCUUCAACUAUAUUUACCCCAUUGUGUACAAAGGAAUGUUAACAGCUACCUUCCUGUAACAUAAAUGAAACAUUUUGCUGCCACUUCUUUUGCUCUUUCCUCUUUGCUAUCUCAGUAUUCUCCCUUCUACUGGGAGUGCACUUGAAGCAAAGUUCCUAGAAUAUGCCUCAUGUUAGUUUUAGGUGAUGUGAGCCAGUGGUUGUGGUUCCCGGACCAGCAGCAUCACCAUUGGCAUCACCUGGAAGUUGGUUAGAAAUUCAGAUUCUGGGGUCCCACCCCAGGCCUACUGAGUGAGAAACCCUGGGGGUGGGGUCCCGCAAGUGUCGAACCACUGGUAUAUGCUAUUUUGAAAGGAGAGAAAUCCUAUAGUCACUGGCGCCUACAUAAAAAAAAAAAAAACCAAAAAACUCCUGUGCCAUAAUCUGUGCCCAUUUUGGGGUUGCUCAAGGCUCUUAAAAUCAUCUAGGGACUUUGUUAAAAGGCAGAAUUCUCAUUCAGUAAGUUUGAGGUGGAGCCUGAUACUCUGCAUUUCUAACCCAAGCUCCCAAGUGAUGUAGGUUUUGCUUAUCCAUGGAGCACAUCUGGAGUAUGGAGGAUAUUGACCAGACACAUAGCACGUGUUAAGACCAUACUCAUGCCCACAUAUCAAAGUUACCUAUGAUUUCUGAGUAUAUAUUUUUGGUUUAGUAUAUCUAAGGUCAAUGAGUUUUUCCUUUUUAAUCACAGUGGAAAGAGACAAUUUCUGGAAUAUAGUGCUCAUUUGUCUAUAAAGUGACUCACCCUUAUUAAGUGCUACAAGAGGGUUUGUUUGCCAGGUACUGUCUCUGAGGCCCUCUACUGUAUCAGAAGCAGGCACACUUGAGGAGUGCGUUAGUUUUUAAUUGAGAAACUUAUUCAUGGCAUGAUGAAGCUAGAAAGAAAGUCCUGAAGUUAGGUGAUGUUUUCAGACAAAAAGAAGUGGUUCACAAAUGUUUGGAAUCAUUCAUUUAUGUUUUUUUUUAUUGACGUGUAGUUGAAUUACAAUGUUGUAUUACUGCUGUACAGCAAAGUAACUCAGUUAUACAUAUAUAUAUACAUUCUUUUUCAUAGCCUUUUCCAUUAUGGUUUAUCACAAGAUAUUGAAUAUAGUUUCCUGUGCUGUACAGUAGGACCUCGUUUUUUAUCCAUUCUGCAUAUACCAGUUUGCAUCUGCUAAUCCCAACCUCCCAAUCUAACCCCUCUCACACCCCUCACCCCCUUGGCAACCAUCAUUCUCUUCUCUGUCCCUGUGGAAUCAUUGAGUGCUCCAUAUUUAUUUAGCACCUGCCAUGUGAAGCAUUGUGCUAGGCACUUUGGGAAAUUUAAAAAAAAGUCCUUAACACUGAGAUUCUAAUCUACUCAAGGAAACAAAACCUAUGCCUGUGAAAGUUAAUUACCAGUAUAGAGAGCAUGCUGUCCAAUGGUAAAGAAGUGUGGUAGAACCUCAGGAGACCAAAAGGUAGUUAUUGGCUGAGGAGGUUAAAACUAUGGAGUCUGAUUUGGACUUUGGGGUGGGUAGAAUUUAGAUAUUCAGAGCAGAGUGAAGGAGAGGACUCCAUAAAAGACAGGGCGGUAGGGCCAGGAUGCAACUUCCAGAAGUGAACCACAUGGGAAUACAGGAAUAGUUCAGACUACAUGGAGUUUAGACUUUCUUUCUGGGAGAGAUUUUAAAAGUGAGCUGGAGCCAGAUUAGUUAGGAUUUAACUGCCAGGUUUAUGAGUUUAGACUUAACCCCUUGUGCAGCAAGGAGACAUUGAAGACUUUGAGGUGUGUGUGUGUGUGUGUGUGUGUGAGAGAGAGAGAGAGAGAGAGAGAGAGAGAGAAUGACCCAAUCAUAACGAUGAUUUAGGAAGAGUCAUUAGUGGAAUGUG